AUGAAUUUAUCAAUAACGGUUCUUAAUGAGGUGACACCAACUGCAGCACACGAGGAAACCGCCGUGGUUAACCAUAAUGUUUCAUCUACCUCUGCACAAUUAAUGCCCAAAAAGGGCAUUUUAAAACGAUCCUCAUCACACAGUAAUUUUCCUCGUAACGAUGCUACAGAGAGAAAUAUAACUGGAGAAUUUCUCGAAUUUAAACAAUCUUCCGAUCAAUUUACCGACCGACCAACCACAAAAAUCCCAAAAUUAACUCUCACCUGGUCUGAGAAGAAUGCAGUAGCUAUUUUUGGUGACACAACAUCUGACGAAGCAGUCACUGAAACGGAUGAUUUUCAAAUACCAAUAAUUGCUUCAACUUCAAUCUCUCAACAUUCAUCAUCUUCGAAGAUUCCUUUUAUUAUGCAUACAACAGAAGAGGGUGCAAAAUCUGAACGACAAACAGCAAUAUUAUACGAUGAUGAUGAAAAUGAGGAUGAAGAAGAGAUGAUGAAGAAUGAAAAGGAAGAAGCACCGCAUAUUGAUAAUGAAUUUGAUACUGUUGAUACUGAUGUUGAUACUGAUGAUGAACAGCAUGAUAAUGCUCAAAUGAAAUCAAAUGGAAGUAUUGGCAAUUCUCAUAUUGCCGGUAAAUGGUGGUUUGGGAAAAGUACCAAGAACGUUCUACAUUGUACUAAAUGGGGUUGUACACAUAAUCAUCAUGAUAAGGAAUCAAGUGAUAAUGGUGGUAAGUAUUUGACACCGACACAACAACGAUUCAAAGAAAUUCAUCACCUCAAGAAACAACUAAAGCUAGCAUUGACCCAAUUGGAAGAUAAAGAUUUGCACUUAAAUGAGUUACGCAAUCAAUUACGUGAUUUGGAAUCAAUGGUAGGUUCUAUUAAAAUCAUGAAUGAACAGCGUCAACUGCUUCAACAUAAAGAAAUCAAUGAAGAUUAUGAGCGUGAGAAACAAAAACUUAUCGACAAACACGAGAUCCGUACACGACAAUUGAUCCAAGAGGCAGUUGAUGCACGAGCGGAAAUGACGAGAUUACAAAUUGCAUUAAAAGAAUUGGAAGAAGCAAGAAUUAAAGUGGAAGUUAAAGAUGCCGAAAUAAUGACAGAAGCAAUUGAUGACAUAGUUUAUUCUCCGAAGCUGCUACCACCACAACAACCAUCAUCACCGUCACCACAAAUACCAUCCUCACCUCAGGUUGAACAUGCUAUGGAAUCUCGAGCUGAUCAAAUUCCACAGGAUUUACCUCUUCAAUUGCAAGCUUAUGAAAAUGAAGCAAUGGCGUGGAGAAUAAAAGCUGCUCAGCUAGAAAUGGUACUUCAGGAUCAAAUAUUCAAAACAAAACAAGAUGCUACUCCUGAGUUGGAAAGGUGUCGAAAUGAGAAUGAAUGCUUACGAACAUAUAUUAAGAAAAUGGAAGCAAAUAAAUCAAAUCAUGCAAUGACUGAUUCAGGAAUUCAGGAAAAUUUAAAUCUUAAUUCUCCAAUAAUUACUAUUGAUUGCUAUUCACAACGGUGUGAAGAGCGCAAAAAACAAUUAGAGGAAGAAAAUCAAUGUCUUCUUGAAAAGAUUAAAGAAGAUAAGUUAUGUUUAAAUGAAUAUGAGGAAGAUAUUAAUUUCCUACGUCAAACUGUUCAUUCGAUGGAGGAAGAAAAUAAGAAAAAUUCUCUUACAAUGGAGCAAAUGUUUAAGGAAAUUGAGGAAAGAACUGCUGAAGUGGAAGCUGCUAAUAUCAUUGCUGUACGAUUACAGAGCGAAAUGGCAAUCAAGACAAAAGCUAUUUGCUAUUUAGAGGAACGUCAUCAGGUUUAUCGUAAUACAAUUUUGGAUCAUGACUUGGUCGUAAAGGAUGAGUCAACUAAAGAUUGGGAACGUGGUUUUUCGGAUCCACGUUAUGUUAUUAACGUUUCAAAACGUGUACAAACUGACCUCACUGAAGAAACAUUACGAACAAAUGAAGUUAAGUUUGUCAACCUUGCGGAUAAAUUGGAGGUACUAAAGAAAGAGUUAUCAUCGAAAGAAAGUAGCAUGUUGGAGCGUUUUCAAGAAAUUGAGAAAGAUUUGCUGAUGAAAAACUCGCUGGUUGGUUCGUUGGCAAAUCAAUUAGAGGAAACGGAUCGAGAAGCAACACGAACAUCCGAUUUACAUCAAAAGGAGCGGGAAGCAUUCCAGGAAAAACUAUGUGAAUUAGGACAACUCGUUGAAAGUGUGCCAAUUCUGCAGUUUGAAAUUGAAAAACUUCAACAGGAGCGUAGUUUGCUGGAAUGUCGACUUAAAAAUGUGAAAGAGGAAUAUGAGGCUGAUUUGGAUGCGGUAUUAGCAGAAUCAUUGAAGAAAUAUCAGGAGCAAAGUAAUUAUUGGGCUGAAAAAGUGUCAGCUAUGAAUGCAAGCAAUGAAAUGCUUCGAAAUGAGAAUAUCGCUCUAAGGCAUUCAAUUAAUGACCUGAAAUUACGUACGCAAGUACAGAAGGCUGAUAUGUCAAAAAGGCUUACAUCAAGUAUCAGCCAUAUUUGUCAACUCAAAAAGCAGUUGAAUCGAAGUACACGUGAUGUUCAAGUAGACGUACAUCCACGUGUUGUUAGCAAGUACGUUGCAUGUCGACCAAAUGCACGGCAUAAAAUGACUGAUAUUGAAAAGGGUGAUCUAUCCGAUGAAGUAGAAGAAAGGUUGGAGGUUUGUCAAGAUGAAUUGACUACCAAUGGUUUGCAGAUUGCAACAUUGCAGCAGAAAUUAGUCGAUAGUGUGCAAACUCAGGUGGAAGAUCGUUCACUGCAUACCAAUUAUAGUUCAAACAAUGCUUUGCCAGCGGAUAAAAAAUUGAGCACUUCAAUGAUCGUAAAUGAUGAAAAAGAGAGCAAAUUGAUGCUUAACGAUAAUUCACGGGAACAAAUUGAGGAAUUGGAGAAACAAAAUCAUGAUUUAGCAGUGCAAUUACAUGAAAUUAAAACAGAAAACCAAAAUAUAUUGGACGAUCAACGACAACAGAUCUUACAUCAUAUUUCAGAAUUUAAUAAUUUCCGCAAGGAAUUAAAUCAGGAAUUGGGACAUUAUGAAAAUGAACGACAGAAGUUGACAGAGGCACGUAAUGCAGUUUUAGAGAAAGUGAAAGAAGAGCGUGAACUUUUAAAAAAUAAAACAGUUUUAGAAAAAAAAUGUAGCAAUGAUUCAUCUUCACAAUCCAUAUUACAAAUGGGCCUCUCAUCCAUUCACACUCAAGAGGAUUCGAUUGCAUUCGCUGAUGAUCAUAAGAAGACUGCAAUUGAUCAAAAAAUUCGAAUGAAAAGAUGGGUAUCAGUACCGCAUUUAUUUAGACUAUCAACCAUAGGAAAAUUCUCAAUCGCUACUGUCACCUCUAACGAAAUAACAACGUUACGUGAACGAAAUUCUAUUCUUGCACGGAACAACGCUAAUCUUAAACAGGAAUUAAUUGGCUUAAGGCGUUUUAUUGAGUCAUCAAAACGUAGUACGUCACGUGUCUUCAGCAAUAAUGACACCAUUUCAACUUAUAAAUCAUCAUCAGAAGCUAUCAACAAAUAUUCCCAUGGUUUUGAUUUAGCUGCUGAUCUGAUUCAAGUGCAAGAAGACCUUGAGAAUGUUAUCAUACAAAUUGAUAAUUCCGUGAUUACGAAUAAAAACGAAAAUAAUCAUCAGAAAAAAUCUCCUUCGCUGAGCAUAAUAAGACAAAAUAUUCCAUCUUCAAGUAUAACUGAGCUUGAACAUUUGAAAAUUGCUUUGAAAAACUCGCACGAAGAACAAAAAGUUCUUGCUGAACAACUGGAUCGAGUUACGCUUGAUUUUCAAGAUGCAUGUCGUGAAUUGAAUCUCUAUAAACAUGAAUUGCGUGAGGAUGCGUUAAAAUAUUCACAUAAUAUCCGCUUACCGAGAACCAGAAGUUUUGCUGAAAUUGGACGUGCUACAAUCGAUUUAGAUGAGCACAUGAAAUGGAAAGAGAAAGCUGGUACAAUGUUCCGUGAACUGAAUCGAAUCCGUAAAGAAUAUCGUGCAUGUGAUAGUGAACGUCGUGAGAUACGUAUGCAAUUAGUAAUGUUACGAGGUGAACUUGGUUUAGCUCAGUGUCAACUUGCCGAAAUGUUGUCGAAUCAACGGCGGGAACAACGCAAAUCGAUAUCGAAUGUUUCGGUUAUCAGCGAAAACGGUACAUCCUCGUCAUCCAUGCUAAAUAAAAGGAAAAAAAAUAAGUCUAGAUUGCUUCGAGGCAGCCGUCUCGAUGAAUUUUGGGACCAAAUAGAUUCAUCAUCUUCGAUCUUCUUUACAGCUUGUGCCUCAAUGUCUUCUUUUAACGAGAUUAUGUGUUCGAAAAGCGAACCAGAAUUAGCUGCUACAGAAUUUGAUGGUGUUCGCGAAUAUCGUCUGUCUAGUUAUGGCUAUCGUGAUUACCAUUGUGGAGAAUCUCGUAGGCCAUCUGUGUAUCUUGAAAAAAUCCAGCACAACUCAGAGGAACAUGAAAAAAUGAUCAAGAACGUAGCCAAGCGGCAAAUAAAAUCAUUGGAUCAAAUUAAGCAUCAGGAAAAAGACAUUCGUGAAAAGGAUUUCUGUGGUACUCAAUCAGAAUGUCGGUUACCAUCCUAUGAAGAACAAAGUGUAAAGAGUAGGCAAAAAUUAAGAAAUCUGAAGAAAAAGGUGGCUGUUUUGGAGAAAUAG